CCGUACCUAUACAUGGGGCGUGUGCUCUGUGUGCGGAGGCGGUGGGGUCAUGGCUUCCUGCAGAUGACAUCCAAUUGGGCGUGUCCGUAAAUGACACUGCUACUUCUGGGAUCCGCUGCUGUCACAUAGUACAGUAUACAGCACAGCUCCAGCCUCAGUAUACUGCACCGCUCGGUGGGGUUGGCACAAAGGUCGUCGCAAGGUCACAGUAGUGCUAUCUCUCUGCACCCUGAGGUUAUAAUAUGGCUCCCGUUACAGUAAACAAAGAAGGACACCAUGAACCAUCACAGUUGGGAGAAGGGCCCAUUCACCUUUCCAAUCCUCACCUGGAGAAAAUGAAAGAAGACAUAUUAUACCACUUUGAUCUUGGAACCAGUACACACGAUUUCCCAGCUUUGUUUGGUGAUGUUAAGUUUGUAUGUGUAGGAGGGAGCUCAUGGAGGAUGAAGGCGUUUGCUCAGUACAUUGCUGGAGAAUUAAAGCUGGGAGACCCUAAAGAUGACAUUGCCAAUAUAUGUGCAGGAACAGACCGGUAUGCCAUGUACAAAGUAGGACCAGUAUUAGCAAUCAGUCAUGGUAUGGGUAUUCCAUCUAUUUCCAUUAUGCUUCAUGAACUUAUCAAAUUACUGUAUCAUUCCAAAUGCACUGAUGUCACUGUUAUCCGUAUUGGUACAUCAGGAGGAAUAGGCAUCGAUCCAGGAUCUGUGGUGAUUACAAGCCAGUCUGUGAAUCCUUGUUUUAAACCUGAGUUUGAACAGAUAGUCCUUGGGAAGACAGUAGUCCGCAGUACAGAACUGGACAGUGAAUUAGCAAAAGAGCUGGUUCAAUGCAGUAAAGAAAUCAAUGAGUUUAAUACAGUCAUUGGAAAUACUAUGUGCACUUUGGACUUUUAUGAAGGUCAAGCACGUCUUGAUGGAGCAAUCUGUUCCUACACAGAAGAGGAGAAAAUGGAGUACUUGAAGGCAGCCUAUGAAGCUGGGAUAAGAAACAUUGAGAUGGAGUCAUCAGUGUUUGCAGCAAUGUGCAAUAUAAGUGGUCUGCGAGCUGCGGUUGUUUGUGUCACGCUUUUGAAUCGCCUGAAUGGAGACCAGAUCAGCAGUCCUCAUGAUGUCUUGGUGGAGUACCAGCAAAGACCUCAGAAGUUGGUUGGAUACUUUAUAAGAAAGCGUCUGUCUCAAGAUUAAGCUUCUAUGAUUUAUACAUAGUUUGUUAAGAUUAAGAUGUGUCACUCUGUCUCAUAGAGCUGGUCAUGUACCAUUUUACACAUAUUCUUACAUCAUAUUGUUUAAUUUCAACAUCACCCACUAUAUUUUAUACUGUACUAGCUGAGUACCCAGUGUUGCCCGGUUUUUCCUUCCUAAUCCUUGUUAAAAUAAACAAAGGAGGAAGCUUUUGACUUCAUAUCCCGUCCUUGCAUAUUGUUGUUAUAUCCCAACCCCAUAUCCUGUCCUUAUAUCCCAACCUCUUAUCCUGACCCCCUAUCCUGUCCUCCUAUCUCGACCUCCUAUCCCCUCCUCCUAUUCUGUCCUCCUAUUCUGUCCUCCUAUCUCGACCUUGAAUCUUGACCUUCUAUCCUGUCCUCCUUUCCCGUCCUCCUAUCCUGACCUCCUAUCCCGUCUUCCUAUCUCGACCUCCUAUCCCGUCUUCCUAUCUCAACCUCCUAUCCAGUCCUCCUUUCCCAUCCUCAUAUCUCGACCUCCCAUCCCGACCUCCUAUCCCGUCCUCAUAUCCUGACCUCCUAUCUCGACCUCCUAUCCCGACCCGUAAUAUGUGUACCAGGUAUUGAAAUAUCUCCAGCCGUACGGACGUUAUGUGGGAACAUACAUUUCCAAUUGAUUUGCAUGGGACUUUAAACAAAAACCCUGACCCUCCCAAAUGGGGGUAGUUAAGAGUUAAAUGAACUAUCCUAUAUUUUAAGUGGAUAUAUAAGUAUCAUGUGACCAAGUAUUAUCGAAAUAUCUCCAGCUGUUUGGAAGUUAUGCAGUAACAUAUAUUUCCCAUAGACUUGUAUGGGACUUUAAACAAAAACCCCAACCCUGGCAAAUGGGGGUGACUAAGGGUUAAAUUACCUAUCCUAUGCUUGUUGUUGACAUAUAAGUAACAUGUGUGCCAAGUUUCAUGUUAAUAUCUUUAGCCGUUUGGACGUGAUUGUGGAACAUACACACACACACAUACAUUGAGUUUUAUAUAUAUAUAUAUAUAUAUAUAUAUAUAUAUAUAUAUAUAUAUAUAUAUAUAUAGAUGUUGAGAUUAUGACUACACCGUCCUUAACACCUAUUUUGUAGUUAAAACUAUAUUUAUUGCUUUGUUUUAUUUUGUGUUUGUAUAUUUUUUAAUCAAUUUCUUUGCUAUUUCACACAGAUUUUUACUGUAUUUCCAUUUCCUUAGAUAGUUUGUAUAUAUGGUGUAUAAUUUAAACUGUAUAUCUUAACAGACUGCAAACUAUAUUAUUUUAUAGAUAUUUAUUUUUAUUCUUGAGCCCAUCAUGUAAUUAUGAAAGGAUCACAGAAAUAUUUAAGUAUUGAUGCAAAUACAACCAAGUAUUUUUUGUUAAUUAUGUUACAAAUAAAAACAAACCAUCAAGUUUUCUGUCUGUUUUUACAUUUUAAUAAUCCCUUGUGUUAAACCAAACUAUACUGUGAA